AUGCGAUCUGUGAUGGACCACGUGGUGGAAGAAUUUGCACGGCUUUAUUCGACCCAUCCAGACGCGGUUCGGCGGGCACGACGAGCGCACGCAAUCGAACCGGAAAUAUUUGCAGGUGAUGACUGGGUCGCAGGCACCGUCGGAGACCUGCAGGGCGAGCAGGAGCCGGAGAUCGGCAAGGGGAUUGCCGAACUACGAUCUCUCGACUGGAAGUACACCCAGACGCCACAGUUUACAUUUUCCACAUAUCCUAUUGAACAGGACCCUCGUGAGCGUCCACCAUUGUCACCCUCACUUCCCCUUUCGACUAGGGUUUUCAUUCGCUGCAAACACGGCGCAAUUAUUGAAAGCAAUAUUUCUGUGUCUGCUGAAUCAUUCACAGCUUCAGAGCAAGCUCGAAGCAUUCAUGAUCUCUUGCAAGGACAAAAGUUGCAUGAAAUGACCAUUGAGCGCUGGUCAGACACUUUCCGACAGGGUCUUGGCCCACAUCAAGUGGAUGGAGCUGUUGUAGAAAAUCUCUCAAACCAUGUUGGGGCUCUGUUAGGAGGGUCUUGA